CCGCAAGUGAGGCUGUUCUGGCUCUGCUGAGGACUGUGGACAUGUGAGGAAGGCUGUAUCUUGAAAGAUCGGACGAAGAACGGUCUCCCGUGGCGAUGGCCUUCAUCCUCGGCACCUGGGCGCUCGUCCUCGCCAUCCUUUUCGCGUUUGGGGCGGUGUGCAUCUCCUCGUACAACAUCUUCAUGCACCUGGUCAACUACAACCGGCCGCUGAUGCAACGAUACGUCGUGAGGAUUCUGCUCAUCGUGCCCAUCUACUCAGGCAAGACAGGCAGACAAGGGCCCUCACGAUAGGGGGGGCACAAAGCGGUCUGUUCACUCGUGUGUGUGUCUGUUGUCUGUCGGUGCCGCCCGCAGUGAUGUCGGUCUUGUCGCUAUCCUUUCCCCGAGCGCAUCUGUAUUUCGACACGCUGAGGGACAUUUGGGAAGCGGUUGUCAUAUACUGCUUCUUGGUGCUCAUCCUAGAGGUGAACAAGCCACACACACUCUCACGCUCCCACCCAUCCACACACUCACACACAGGUAUCCUGCCUGCUGCCUGGUGCCUGUCGUCUGUCUGACAGUAUUGCGGCGGCGAGAGCGGGUGCGUGACGUCCAUCAGUCAGUACCCCGGCUCCAUCCCCCACAUCUGGCCCCUCUCUAUGGUACUGCAGCCAAUCGCACUCACAGCCCGGUUCCUCAAGGGCUGCAAGAGGUGGACCCUCCAGUUUGUGGUCAUCAAGCCGCUCAUGGCCCUCGUCAGCCUGAUUCUCCACACCCAGAGGCUCUAUGACGACCCGGUGUAUCAGGUCUUCCUCGUUAUUAUCUAUAACGUGUCGGUGUUUGGGGCGCUGUAUGCCCUGCUGCUGUUCUAUUUGGCGACGAGGAGCCACUCGGGGCUGGUGGGGAAGAACGCUAUACCGAAGUUCUUGAGCGUCAAGACCAUCAUCUUCGCCACCUACUGGCAAGGGCUGCUGAUCUCAAUCUUGCCUAACAUUGCUUCUGACAGGAGACAGGUCAGCCACAUAGUGCAUAGUGCACAUGAGGCCUUUUCCCCACCCCCCUGUGUUGUCCUGUAUGUGACCGACUCCGACAGAUGUGGAACAGCUUCAUUCUCUGCCUGGAGAUGCUGUUCUUCGCCAUCCUGCAGCUGCACGCCUUCCCCGCCAACGAGUUCCGCUCCCCCCCUCCCCGCGCGUCAGGAUCCAGCGUCCCCAGCCCACCAGUCGUCCCCAUCGGCAAGGCAUCGUCAGCCGCUCUCAGAAACGUCAAGGACGCCGUCAACAUGAAGGACGUCGUCAAAGACGCCUACUACAACUUUCACACCAAGUAUCGGGCGCAUGUGCGGCUGCAGGAAGAGCAUGACAGGCACGAGGCCGACGGCGACUCGCCGCGUCGGCAGCACUCGUCGCACUCACUCUCACCAGAAGAGCCGACCACCGGUGCCGCCUUCCCGCCCAUCAGCGUGAGGUCACCGAGGACGACAGAGUUCGACCUCCUCGACCUGUCAGGGAGGCCGAGCGACCCCCCCACAGCCUCCGCCUUCCCUCCCCGCCUCUCGCGCUUCGCCAGCACAGAAAGCGCUGGCAGGCCACACAACGACCUGCUCUCCGGCUCUCAGCCGCAUGUCGACAACGGCCAUCAUCAUCCCGUGUCAAAUGGCGUCUAUCGGCCAGCAACAGCAGCAACCAACGGCUCGCGGCACCAUCACAGGAGUGGUGGUGGUGGUGCUGGUGGUCUGCCGCUGGCAGAGGACAGUCCGCCUACUGUGCGGAGUGCGGAGAGCUUCGAGGACAUGGACCUCAGCGCCGUGGUCGACGUCGGCCCCCUCGAAGAGCUCAGGCCGCCAUCGUCCUCAGAGCAACCACGGCGGCAAUCGGAUGUGCUGCCGGCUAUGGGUGCCCCCGGCCCUCUGGUGAGCUCCUUCACCCAGGACCACGAAGACGGACAGCCAGCAGGACGGCAAAGAGGUGUCAUCGACGCCCUGACGAGUGUCUUCUCGCGGCAACGGAGGUCGGCAGGGGAGGCGAGCAGGCGGCUGCAGAUCGACAUGGUCGAGGAGGCCCCUCCCAGGCCGCCCACCCCGCCCACACACACUAUGCGGCGCACUCUGUCUGCUGGGAAGGACCUCGACAGCGUGUUUGCCUGAGUAAUGAAGAGAGAGGGAGGAAAGGGGGGGGAGGGGGCCGGCGCUUUUGGGGCAGGGCAACGUGUUGAGGGCAACCCAAUUGAGUGUGUGCGUGUUGGUGCAAUGAAUGGUGUUGGUUGAGCCUUUUCCCUUCUUCCUUUCCUCGAUCGACUCAGCUUUUUCCUCUGUUGGUUGGUCCCUUCCUUUAUCGUAGGUGUGUGGGCACUGUGGGGUGUGCAGCCGUGGGGGUCAGUCUGUUUGGGGGGCUCUCUCGCUGAGAAUGCACGGCGGAUGGACACACACGGUGUGCGGUGCGUGGAUGUGUGUGUGGAUGUGCAUGUGUGUGCGCGGCGUGCAGCUUUUUUUGAACAUGUGCUGUGUGGUGGAUGGUCGGUUGCGUGUAUAGGCUCGUAGCAGCUGUGAUGACCGACAAGAAGCCAGGCAGACAGACAGGCGGACAGGCGGACAGACCUGCACUGAUGAGUGCAUUCAGUUAUUCAGUCAGUUAGUCAUUGACAACA